AUGGCGUCUGAUCCAUUUGACGACCUGCUCGAAAUUGAAAAUGACUAUUACCAAGAAGGCUAUGACGCUGGUGUCGGUGACAGCAGAUACGCAGGUUUGAUCGAAGGUAGGGUCUUCGGCAUAGAAAAGGGCUACGAAAAGGCCCUGGAAUUGGGUAAACAGCGAGGGCGAGCACUGGUAUGGGAACACAGGCUUGAUGUGUCAAUUUCUGGCAACGAAAGCCAUCAGCAGGUGACUUCUUCAUCUGAAAGCCAACCUACCUCUGCAACCUCCGAGGCCGGCAUGAUGCAUCAGAUCACUCAGUCUCUUCCCCGCUUACCAACCACUACGCGACUUCGAAAACACGUUGAAGCCCUGUCAGCUGCGGCAGACCCUGCUGCACUGGCUAGGGACAAUUCAGAUGAAGCGGUCACCGAUUUUGAUGACAGAAUUGCAAAGGCUAAUGCAAAGACCAAGGUAAUCGCUAACAUUGUUGGAGAAGCCUUCAAUCCAAGUUCCACCGGAAACUCUGGGAUAGAAGACAGUACUGGUCUUGACGCCAGGAAAUGA